CUGCCUCCGUGGGUUUUCAAAAUGAAUUUUGGUGUUACAAUAAAACGAUGUGGUAUCAGUGCCUCUCAGAAGUCUCUAGUUAUAGUGUAUGGUAAAGGUCUUAAAACGAGGAGGCGAAAAAUUCAUCUCCCAAUGUUAGCCACGUCUACAGUCAUGGAAACAUGGACUGAACUUCAAGCAGACGAAAAUCACAAUCAGUUCAUAAGUCUUAUCCCAAAAGCUCAGUUGUUUAGAUUGUUAUCUAUACUAAAAGACUUAUGCAAUGGUAUGAACCUCACAGAAGCUCUCAAAAGAAGCAAAGAAGUGGAUUCCAUCAGAGGUGAUGAAAACCUCAACUGUGUUGACGAUGAUAUUUUAGAACGGAAGAAAGCUGUUAUGGAUGAAUUAUUUCAACAAAACCGGGUUUUGCCAACAGAACCAGAUUUUAUUUAUGAUAAAGAAGUCGACUUUCCCGAAGGAUCAAUUGAAACGUAUUCAUGGGACUCUGAUGAAUGUGAAUUCUAAGUAAUUAUCUCUUUUCUACUGUAAAUCAAGGAUUAGGCUGGAAACUGUAUAAUCUUCGUCUCUUACACGCACACCACACUUAAACUUAUUCCAUGAGUUAUUAUUUAGUAGGGAUGCAUUUUUCAGUACUUAUUUUAAAAGUUUUUGGCUUAACUCAUAGAAAGUAACAUUUUUAUUCUGAUAAAAAAAAUCAUAAUCUAUUCGCUGGUUAGCCUUAAUCUCAAAUCUGAAACUGAUGAUUUUGUUUAGGUUACAAAAAUGUUAUCUUGUAAAGCAAUCUUUAUAAAUCACUUAAAAGUCAUAUUCUUAUUGUAUAUUCCCAUAGGUAAAAUUACUAAGCCACAUACUUGUGAGCUUAAAUGUAACACUACGAAAUGAUAAUUAAAACACGACAGUCUGUUUCAAUAUACUUUUUUGAUGUAAUUCAACCUGAUGCAUUCUUUGUGAUGAUUACAAAACUACAAUCUUCUUUGAAGUUUUAUAUGUACAUAUUUAGCCUGAAUUUUGCUUCACUUUCUGCGAAACUGUAAUUGAAUAAUUAUAUCACAUG